UUCCACCCUGACUUCCACCAUGGCUUGGCUGCCACUUCUCAUCCUCUCCACUUACUUUUUGGGGACUUUUUCCCAGUUUGUCCUGAAUCAACCAGCUUCUGUGUCUGGAUCUCCUGGAGAGACAGUCCGACUCACUUGUACUAUAAGCAGUGGAACAAUUGGAUCACAAUAUUCCUCCUGGUAUCAACAGAAGCCUAGCAGUGCCCCCAAACUCCUUAUAUAUUAUGAUAGCAGCAGAGCCUCUGGAAUCCCAGCACGAUUCUCCGGUUCUGUUGAAAACUCUAGAACAUCUGCCGUCUUAAGCAUCUCCAGUCUUGUGGCAGAAGAUGAAGGUGAUUAUUAUUGCCUCUCUUAUGAAAGCAGUGGCAAGUCCACAGUGCUACACCUUCGCAAAUUCUCAGGCUUAAGAGGAGAGAGGACAGAUGGAUCUGCAGACAAUUCACUUCCGAUGUCAUCUCCAACCAUGGCUUGGCUGCCUCUUCUUCUCCUCUUCUCCUCCUCUUUUAUGGGGACUUUUUCUCAAGUUGUCCUAACUCAACCAGAAUCUGUGGCUGGAUCUCUAGGAGCAACCAUCCGAAUCACUUGCACUAAAAACAGUGGAACACUUGAUACAGCGGAUUCCUCCUGGUAUCAACAGAAGCCUGGAAAUGCCCCCAAACUCAUUAUAUAUGAAGAUAGCCGCAGACCCGAUGGAAUCCCAGAACGAUUCUCUGGUUCUAUUGAAAACUCUAAAACAUCUGCCGUGUUAACCAUCUCCAAUCUUCAGGCAGAGGAUGAAGCUGAUUAUCAUUGCCUGUAUUAUAUAGGUAGUGGCAAGUGCACAAUGAUGCAAUCUCACUGA